AUGCUUUUGGAUGACAUUGAGCCUCUUGGGCUUUUUAACAGGUCUUGGCCUAACGGUGCCUCCUGUUUUUUCUCCUUUUCAGAUCCUGGGUUUGGCUCUUCCAUCAAAGACGGCCCCAGCAAUGUAACAGCACUUGUUGGUACGGAGGCCCGUUUUAACUGUACAGUGUCAGAAGGCUGGCAAAUUUUGAUAUGGCUUUUUGAAGGGCAGCCUGUACUAUCUAUAAUUUAUCCUGAAACGGUAAUAAUAACAGAUAAGAGCUACAGUCAACAAGGGUACAACAGAAGUACCGAGUUUACCUCAGAGCUGAUAAUAUACAAUGUUCAGCUGAAUAAUUCUGGAAAAGUCGAAUGCAGCAUCCAGACGCCGGGUGGCAGUCAGUAUGCAUUUCUUUCUGUUCAAGUUAAUGGAUCUUUGAAUAUCGAAGAUCACAACUUGACAGUAAGAGAGAACCAAACAAUUGAAAUAGUUUGUGAAGCUGUUGGAUGGGAUCCUGCUCCACACAUUACCUGGAUGGUAAAUAAUGUUUCAGUAGAUAAUUCAGAUUACAUUACCAACCAGAGUCAAGGAUCUAAUGGCUUGUACAAUGAAGAGAGCAUCUUGACCCUGACUCCAGUGACCAAUUCCACUGUGAUUUGCUUAGCUGCCAUACUUGCGCUCUCUAAACCUCAAUCUGCUACUAUGACACUUGUUGUGUAUCCUCCUCCAAUAGAAUCUGACACAAAUGAAGAUGAUGGACGCAUCCAGGUUAUAAUAUUAGCAGUUGUAUUGUCUGUUGUUGGUUUUCUUCUUCUGAUCCUUAUUAUUCUACUUAUUGUGUACUGCUGCAGAAGAAGGAAAGAGUCCAACUAUCAGAAGGAGAUGCGAAAUGCUUCAGUGAAAAAGAAAGCCGCAACUCGAAAUUUGGAAACAAGGAGUGACAGUGGAAAUGAAAAUUAUGGCUACAGUCCAGAGGAUCAGGAACAUACAAAGCAAACACCAAGAGUUCCUUCUUUCUCCCCAGUUGACUCUAGCUUUUAUGGUCUGGAGGAAGAUUUAACAGUGGGCUCUGCAUCAGAGGUCCCUCACCAUGGUAAUUAUGACAGAAUUCUUCCUUCAAGAGCUGCUGCUUACCCCAUCAAUCCAAGAAAAAUCAGAAAUGUGACACUUGUAUAG